AUGUCUGACCUUGAAUUGGAUGAAGUCGAUAAAUACCAUGAGAGCCGUCUAAAGGUAUCAAAGGGUAACAGAUACCAAGAUGGUUACUCUUCGGAGGAGCUUAGUGAUGAUGAAGUCUUGAAUAUUUCCGAAAAUGAAAGCGAAGACAGCUCAGAUGACGAUGAUGACUUGAAACCUGGCAAAGAAGAAAGUGAUGAUGAAAAUUGGGGAGGUAAAGAAAAUAUUUACGGUGGUGAUGAUAUUGAUGCCAUCAACAAUAAGGAAGAGGCGGAAGAAUUCGUCAAGGAAUCUCUUAGAUUGCAAAAGAAGCAUAUGGAAGACUUGAAUAUGGAAGAUUAUUUUGACAAUGAGCUUAUGAGUGAAUGGAAGAAGGAAGCUGUUUCAUAUGAAGAUGAUAUUCUGAACAAUAAAGAUAGUCUUGAACAGCAGCAGAAGUUACAAGAGAUUGUCACUGGGCAAAAUUUCAAUAAUUUGAAUCAAGAAGCCAAAGAAAACUUUAUAAAGACAAGCUUUCCUGAAUAUUAUCCUCUUUGCAGAGAGUUUAGCACAUUAUGCAGCUCGCUGUUCCAAUCUUUACAAGAUAAAAUUAAAGCCAAGGUGGCUUCAAAGGUGGAUGAAGUGAAGUUUUUGGCAUUAUCAACUUAUCUUGGUUCCAUUAUGAAUUAUAUCAAUUUACUUGCAUCAAUGAUGAAGAAUGCCAGUGAUGAAACCUUAAGUAUGAAGGACCAUCCGAUCAUGGAAACCAUUUUGAGUUCUAGAGAAGCAUGGAAUCAGGCCAGUGCGUUAAAGAAUGUUAUUGAAGUCGAUUCUGAAAUUAUGGAAGAUGAAGAAAUAAAACCAGAAAAGAUAAAUGAAGAUCAAGAAAUCGACGAGGAAGAUGUGGAAUCAGGAGAAGAAGAAGAAGAAGAAGAAGAAGAAGAAGAAGAAGAAGAAGAUUUAGAUUUGAGCAAAUUGAAACGCCGUGAUGUCAAGAAACGUUCAGUGGUGCGUACAUCGGACAACAUGGAAGGUGGUAUUGAUGACAUUGACGUUGAUGAAAAGAAAUCACGUAAGAAAUCCUUGCGUUUCUACACUUCCAAAAUUGAUCAGCAAGCCCUUAAGAAAGACUCCAAGUUUGCUGGUGAUGAAGAUAUCCCAUACAAAGAACGUUUGUACGAACGUCAACAGCGACUCAUUGAAGAAGCCCGUAAGCGUGGGUUGGAUAAGAGUGAUGCUGCCACCAACUUGGAUGGCGCCGAUUAUGAUUCGGCUGAAGAAUCCCAGGCCAAGGACCUUAAUAAUGAGUAUGAUAACUAUUACAAUUCCGUGAAGUUUGCCCGUGAAGAUAAACGCCACAAGAGAAAAGAAGCUCACCAGGCAGCAGUUAUGGCUGCCAAGGAUGGUAAGUUGGCGGAAAUUAUGGCUGAUGAAAAUGUUGGUGCUGAAGGUAAGAGAGCCAUUAGUUACCAAAUCUUGAAGAACAAGGGUUUGACUGUCAAACGUAAGAAGGAGGUGAGAAACUCAAGAGUCAAGAAGAGAAUGAAGUAUGACCAAGCUAAGAAGAAACUUAAGUCUGUCAGACAAGUCUACCAAGGCCAACAAGGACCAUAUGGUGGGGAAGCGACUGGUAUUAAGAAGAAUUUAUCUAGAAGUGUCAAAUUUAAAUAG